UCUCCGCUUCCGGCUCGCGCCGCCCGCCUCCCGUCCGCGCCGUCACGUGGCGCCGGCGGGUUGCCCGGCAACGUGGCGUACACACGGCGGUGCGGCCGCCGGCCAUGGCGGCGGGGUCCGGGCUGCCGCGCUGGAGGCGGCGGCUGACGCCAUCACACAGAUUUGAAGAAAAUGACAUUCUAGAUGGGUGUUUUCUUCCAAAUGAAGUAGAUCUCCGUCAGGUAAUUGUAUUGCCAAGAGCAGAGUGGGAACGGAUGCAGGACAGCCUUGGCAGCAUGAGCAAAGAGGCAACACGCAUCCUCGCUGAGAGGAAAGAACGGGAAGAAAUGCAUUUACGCUCCAAAGCGGCUGUCAAAAACUGGACAAACACCAUUAGGGGCCAGGCACAAAGGAAACUGAAAGCCAAAAAAAUACGUGAAGAAAAGCAAGAGGAAGAAAGAAAGUUACUUGAUUUGGAAGAAGCAGAAUUCCAAGCAGCAAAAUGGAAGGAGGCUAUUGAUAAAGCAAAAACUUAUCUAUACCACCAGAACGAAAGAGUGAAAGGAUUGCAUAGUGCACUUUUACUUGCUGAGGUCCUAAAGGAAAGGGAUGCUCAAAUUGAAUUUAAAAAGUUAAAGUCAGACGUUAACAAAAAGAAGGAAGAAGAAAUAGAACGCAAAUGUAAAGAAGCUAUCCUCAGAGAGGAAGAAAAGGUUCGUCAACGUUAUAUGAAUCGGCUGGCACUAUGCAGAGAUCAGCUGGAACAAAUAAAGGAACGCAAGCAUCAGGCAGAUCUUGCCAAGCUAGAAGACAAGAGAGAAGCAGAAGAAAUACAGAGAUUGAGCCAAUUGUACCAAUUGGAACUUCAGAGAAAAAUGGAGAAGGAACAGGAGGAAAAAGUUGAACGCCAGAGGCUGUAUCAUGAACAUGUAGCUAACCAGAAAAUAAUCAAAGCAGUGGAGGAACAAAAACAAAUGGAAGAAGAUGAUCGGAUUAGAGCCCAUUCUAAAGCAAAGCAAACUAUUGCCAAGCUGAUGAAAGAGAAAGAAGCUGAAAUGCGUAGACUAACACAGGAACACCAGGAUAAAAUCGUUAGGCAAUUAGCUGCCCAAAUGAGUGAAGUACUGAAGAUGGAAGAUGAGCGUCUUGCUAGAGACAUUGCAAAAAAAGAAGCUGCACAAGAAAAAGAACAGAAAGAGAAAGAAGCAAAAAAAAAGGCUGCCAUAGAGUCUAUUGCUGAACACAGAGCCACUGUGGUGAAGAUGAAAUUGGAGAAGGAGAGAGAGGAGAAAGCAGAAAGUAAAAAAGAACUUCAAGCAUUAGUGGAAAAGAACCAGAUCUUUCUGGAAACAGAAAAAGCCAAGAAACAAAGACAACGUGAUGCAAACAUAGAAGUACAGAAAAUUCAGAUUCAGCAAAUGGCAGAAAAGAAGGCAAAAGAACAGCAGGAGAAGCAAGCAGACUUGGACUACGAUGCUCAGAAAGAGCUUAUUGCGCUUCGUAAGGAACAUGAAUUUCAGAAGUAUGCAAAGCAAGUAAUUGAAUCAGAGUCCAUGACUACACAUCAUCUGUAUCCUCUCCUGAAAGCUUCCAAAGAUAUAAGAGGACUUAGAGGUGGCCCAUUUUCCAGAGGAAGUGAAGGAACAAAUCCUGGUUUUCAAGCACAGGAUGUUGCUAAGACCCAGUUACCUUGUUGUAGCAGUAAUACUGCUGAAGAAGUUGAAACUAUGAAAGAACACUGAGACUAUCCAGCAAGGAAAGCCAAAAGUAGUUUUUAUGUGGUUAAAAAAAAAAAUCUUCUUCAACCUUGAAUCUUGAGUCAAAACUAUAAAUGGAUCUACAUUAAACAUAUGCUAUGAAUCUCAAAGUCCAUUUGAAAAAAUAAAUUCCAGAAAAUUAUGUUCUAAAAAAUCA